CAGCGUCCCCGGAGGAUUCUGGGAAAGCGGCUCCCUUUCCGGCCUCCGCCCCGGGGCGUUGUGGGAACUCUCGGCCGAGGCGGGCCAAGGCCCGGAGGAUUCUGGGAACUUGCCGUUGAGGAGGCCAAGGACCGGCCACCUUCCCGGAGGAUUCUGGGAAAGCGGCCCUCUCGGCCUCGGGGGCCGCGCCCCGGAGGAUUCUGGGAACUCUCGUCCGAGGGGGCCUGAGCCCGGCGUCCGCCCCGGAGGAUUCUGGGAAGGCGGCCCUCUCGGCCUCAGGGGCUGCAGCCCGGCCUCCGGCCCGGAGGAUUCUGGGAACUGUCGGCUGAGGGGGCCUUAGCCCGAAGUCCGCCCCGAAGGAUUGUGGGAAAGCGGCCCUCUUGGCCUCAGGGGCCGCGCCCCGGAGGAUUCUGGGAACUCUCAGCUGAGGAGGGCCUUAGCCCAGCCUCCGCCCCGGAGGAUUCUGGGAACUGUCGGCUGAGGGGGCCUUAGCCCGAAGUCCACCCCAAAGGAUUGUGGGAAAGCGGCCCUCUUGGCCUCAGGGGCCGCGGCCCGGCCUCUGCCCCGGAGGAUUUUGGGAACUCUUGGCUGAGGGGGUCUUAGUCCGGCCUCCGCCCCGGAGGAUUCUGGGAACUCUGGGCUGAGGGGGCCUUAGCCCGGCGUCCGCCCCGGAGGAUUCUGGGAAGGCGGCCCUCCCGCCUCUGCCCCGGACCAUUCUGGGAAAGCGGCCCUCUGGGCCUCAGGGUCCGCGGCCCGGCCUCCGCCCCGGAGGAUUGUGGGAAGUGUGGGCCUGGGGGUCCGCCCCGGAGGACUGUGGGAAAGCGGCCCACUGGGCCUCAGGGCCUCGCUGAGGCGAAGUGAGGCGAGGCGUGGUGGUGGUGGUGGUGGUGGUGUUCCCCGUCCGCCAUGGCGGGGGUCCCGGCGGUGCGCAUCAGCAUCGAGUCGGCCUGCGAGAAGCAGGUGCAGGAGGUGGGGCUGGACGGCACCGAGACCUACCUGCAGCCGCUGUCCAUGUCGCAGAACCUGGCCCGCCUGGCCCAGCGCAUCGACUUCGGCCAGGGCUCCGGCUCCGAGGAGGACGAGGCCAACCAGCCCCUCCCCGCCGCCCACGACGACCAGGGCGCCCGCGACUGGCCCGGCGCCGACCAGGACGACGACGAAGGGUUAGUUAAGUUUCAGCCUUCCCUCUGGCCAUGGGAUUCGGUGCGGAACAACCUGAGAGGAUCCCUGACGGAGAUGUGUGUGCUGUACGACGUCCUCAGCAUCAUCCGCGAUAAAAAAUUUAUGACUCUGGAUCCCGUCCUGCAGGAGUCACUUCCUCCUAAACAGAAUCCUCAGACUUUACAGUUGAUUUCAAAGAAGAAGUCGCUAGCUGGUGCCGCCCAGAUCCUUCUGAAAGGAGCAGACAGGCUGACCAAAUCGGUUGCCGAAAACCAAGAGAACAAGUGGCAGCGAGACUUCAACUCGGAGCUUCUGAGGUUGCGGCAACACUGGAAGCUGAGGAAAGUCGGAGAUAAAAUCCUGGGGGACCUGAGCUACAGGAGUGCAGGGUCUCUGUUUCCCCAUCACGGCACCUUUGAAGUAAUCAAGAACACGGACAUUGAUCUGGACAAGGUCAUACCGGAGGAUUACUGCCCCCUUGAUGUCCAGAUUCCAAGUGAUUUAGAAGGAUCGGCAUAUAUCAAGGUUUCUAUUCAAAAGAAAGCUCCGGACAUAGGCGAUCUUGGAACAGUCAACCUCUUCAGGCAACCACUACCUAAACCCAAAUCAGGGUCCCCAUACUGGCAGAUCAAACUGGAGGCCGCCCAGAAUGUUCUCUUGUGUAAAGAAAUCUUCGCCCAGCUCUCCCGGGAGGCUGUUCAGAUCAAGUCGCCAAUUCCUCACAUUGUCGUGAAGAACCAGAUUAUCUCUCAGCCCUUCCCAGGUUUGCAGCUCUCCAUUUCCUUGUGCCACUCUUCCAAUGACAAGAAAUCCCAAAAAUCCGCAUCUGAUAAGCAAACCCCAGAGGACCACCUGUAUGUGUUGGAGCACAAUUUGCACCUGCUCAUCAGAGAGUUUCACAAGCAGACGCUGAGUUCCCACAUGAUGCCCCACCCUGCCAGUGCCCCUUUCGGACACAAAAGAUUGCGACUCUCGGGGCCUCAGGCUUUUGACAAGAACGAAAUCAACUCUUUACAGUCCAACGAGGGUCUCCUGGAGAAGAUCAUCAAACAGGCCAAGCACAUCUUUCUGAGGAGCAGAACUGCCCGAACCAUCGACAGUUUAGCCAGUCACAUCGAAGAUCCUCAAAUACAGGCACAUUGGUCCAACAUAAACGACGUGUAUGAGUCCAGCGUGAAAGUGUUAAUAACCUCUCAAGGCUAUGAACAGAUAUGCAAGUCCAUCCAGCUGCAGUUGAAUAUCGGAAUUGACCAGAUCCGGGUGGUUCACCGAGAUGGACGAGUGAUUAUGUUGUCGCAUCAGGAGCAGGAGUUACAGGAUUUUCUCCUCUCCCAGAUGUCUCAGCACCAGGUGCAUGCCGUUCAGCAGCUGGCGAAGGUGAUGGGCUGGCAGGUGCUGAGCUUCAGUAACCACGUGGGGCUCGGGCCCGUGGAGAGCAUCGGCAACGCCUCCGCCAUAACCGUGGCCUCCCCCAGCGGCGACUAUGCUAUCUCAGUGCGGAACGGGCCGGAGAGCGGCAGCAAGGUGAUGGUGCAGUUUCCCCGGUGUCAGUGCAAAGACCUCCCCAAAAGCGACGUGUUACAAGACGGGAAAUGGAAUCACCUGCGGGGGCCGUUCAAGGAGGUUCAGUGGAACAAGAUGGAAGGGCGCAACUUUGUGUAUAAAAUGGAGCUGCUCAUGUCAGCCCUCACCCCCUGCUCGUAGCCACCCCGCCCAGAAGAAAUCCCUCUCCGUGCCCUCCUCGGCUUCCAGGCGGGCCGUCUCCCGGACGAGGCAGCGCAGUACAAAUAAAACCUCCAGGUAAUGUGGAUGAAGGCCCGGUACUAUCGAAAUGCCAAGAAAACAUUCGGGUUUACAGUUCUGUACAGUUGUAGGUAUCUUUUGCGGUCUGUGUGACCGGUUUUUCGUUGUGUUUUGUGUUUUUUCACUGGAAAAAUCAUGAGUUGCUGUUCCUUCAAGGUCUCAGUUAAACUGGAAAAAUGCUACUACAUCGUGA